AGAGAAGAGGCCCUUCGCACCAAAAAAAAGCAAAAACUGAAAUCAUCACCAAAAGGAAAGAACGUACAAAACUUGUACUCUUUUGUCAUCAGAAUUUAACAAACCAAUAAACUGGGAGAGGAUAUGUCGGAUUCCAUUAUAUGUCAAUUUUACACCAAAAUUGGAGCAUGCCGUCAUGGUGAGAAAUGUUCUAGAAAGCACACAAGACCUUCACAUUCACAUACGAUCAUCCUGACGAAUCUAUACAGACCACAAGACUUGGGGAACCAGUUGGAUGAAGCCAAGAAGAAAGACCAGGAGUUUGAGAACUUUUAUAAGGAUAUCUUUGUGGAGAGCUCACUGAUUGGACAGGUCGAAGACCUUGUUGUUUGUGAGAACGAGAAUGACCAUUUGAACGGAAACGUCUACGUUAAGUUUGCCAAAGAAGAAGAUGCUCUCAGGGCAAGGGAUAACUUCAGCUCGCGUUGGUACAAUGGUAGACCUGUUUAUUGUGAACUGAGUCCAGUAUCACACUUUAAGGAUGCCAUUUGUCGUCAACAUGAGACUAAGAGCUGCGAACGUGGUGGUAUGUGUAAUUUCAUGCAUUCAAAAGCUGUUCCAAGGGACUUGCAAAGACAGUUAAUACUAUCGCAGAGGAAGUUUAGAUCAUAA